CAGGUGCGACCCGCUCUCUGCACCCCAUCCUCCGGCUCUCACCCUUCGGAGAGGCGCGCCCGACAGCAGAGCGCUCACCGCCCGGCCACGCCCGCCCGCCCGCCCAUGCUAGGUAGCAAGCGCCUGGGGCUGUCUGGAUUGACCCUCGCCCUGUCCCUGCUGGUGUGCCUGGGUGCGCUGGCCGAGGCGUACCCCUCCAAGCCGGACAACCCGGGCGAAGAUGCGCCUGCGGAAGACAUGGCCAGAUACUACUCGGCGCUGCGACACUACAUCAACCUCAUCACCAGGCAGAGAUACGGAAAACGAUCUAGCCCUGAGACACUGAUUUCAGACCUCUUGAUGAGAGAAAGCACGGAAAAUGUUCCCAGAACUAGGCUCGAAGACCCUUCUAUGUGGUGAUGGGAAAUGAAACUUGCUCUCUGGUCUCUUCCUAUUUUCAACCCAUAUUUCAUCCUGUAAAGCGAGAGUCUGCCCAUCCUGCUAAUGCAUGCAGCCAUUGUGCCUAAUUCUGUAAUGUUUUCCUUUGUCAUCAUUGUAUAUAUGUGCAUUUAAAUAAAGUACCAUGCAUUCAAAGGUG